GGACAGCCGCCCACAUUGCCCUCCUUCCUCCAUACAUACACCUCAAACCCCUCCCUGCGAGACAGCCUCCAAAAAAAUCUCGAGCACAAACAGUAGCCCAAGUCCACCUCUAGCUCUAGAGAGAGAAAAAGGGUGGGACAAUAACUCGAGAGGGAGAAAGAGGGGGAAGAGAGAGAAACAGGUGAAGACUGAAGAGAGGAGAAGAGAAGUGGUCACAGACAGAAGAGAAGAUCAAAAGAGAUCGGGAGAUGCAGCGCGAGUUCGAGCUGCUGCAGCAGGAGCACAGCCAAGAAAGCAGCAGCAGCAACCGCUUCCACUACCCCUCCCCCUGACUCUCUCAGCCUAGCUGUGCGGGCGGCUCGCUCAGUCCAACCAAGCUCAGGCAGCAGGCUGUGCUCCGUCCGUGCUGGCCGGCCUCCCUCUCUCCCCUCCCCUCCGAUCCGCCGUCUAAGCUAGCAGCGAUUCAAGGCUAGGGGACGGAGGGAGCAGGAGAUCGGGCCAGGGGCGGCGGCGGCCGGCCAUGGAGGACACCCUCAAGUCACUGUCCAUGGACUACCUCAACCUGCUCAUCAACGGCCAGGCCUUCAGCGACGUCACUUUCAACGUCGAGGGCCGCCUCGUGCACGCGCACCGCUGCAUCCUCGCCGCGCGCAGCCUCUUCUUCCGCAAGUUCUUCUGCGGCGCCGCCGCCGCCGACCAGGCCGCCGCGGCCGGGCCCGGUGCGCUGCUGCUGGACCACCUCAGCCCGCGCUCCCCUUCCGGCGCCUCGGCGUCCUCUCCGCGCGGCGCCGGCGCCUCCGCGGCGGCCGCGCCGGGCGCCGUGAUACCCGUGAACUCGGUGAGCUACGAGGUGUUCCUGCUGCUGCUGCAGUUCCUGUACAGCGGGCAGGUGUCUCUGGUGCCGCAGAAGGGGGAGCCCCGGCCGGGCUGCGGCGAGCGCGGGUGCUGGCACACCCACUGUGCCGCCGCCGUCGACCUCGCGCUCGACACCCUCGCCGCGGCCCGCUCCUUCGGCGUCGAGGAGCUCGCCCUCCUCACCCAGAAGCAGCUGGCCGGGAUGGUGGAGAAGGCGUCGAUCGAGGACGUGAUGAAGGUCCUCAUGGCGUCUCGGAAGCAGGACCUGCACCAGCUCUGGACCACCUGCUCCCACCUCGUUGCCAAGUCCGGUCUCCCGCCCGAGGUGCUCGCCAAGCACCUGCCAAUCGACGUCGUCGCCAAGAUCGACGAGCUCCGCCUCAAGUCCUCCAUGUCCCGCCGCUCGCCGUUCCUGGCGCACCACCCGGCGGGCAUCGAGACCUCGUCCGCGGGGGAGCUCGCCGACGACCACCACAAGAUCCGCCGCAUGCGCCGCGCCCUCGACUCGUCCGACGUCGAGCUCGUCAAGCUCAUGGUCAUGGGCGAGGGGCUCAACCUCGACGAGGCGCUGGCGCUUCACUACGCCGUGGAGAACUGCAGCCGGGAGGUCGUCAAGGCGCUGCUGGAGCUCGGCGCCGCCGACGUCAACCACCCGGCCGGGCCCGCCGGGAAGACGCCGCUGCACGUCGCGGCCGAGAUGGUGUGCCCCGACAUGGUCGCCGUGCUGCUCGACCACCACGCCGACCCUAACGUGCGCACCGUCGAGGGCGUGACGCCACUCGACAUCCUCCGCACGCUCACCUCCGAUUUCCUGUUCAAGGGCGCCGUGCCGGGGCUCGCGCACAUCGAGCCCAACAAGCUCCGGCUGUGCCUCGAGCUCGUGCAGUCGGCGGCCAUGGUCAUGUCCCGGGAGGACGCGCACACCGCGGCCGCGGCGGUCAAUGCCGCGCCCAUGUACGGCGAGCCUUCCGGGGGCGCCGGCCCCGGCGUGUACAAUGCCAGUGGCACCAACUCGAGCAUGGUGAAUCUGAGCUUGGACAACAGGAUGGUGUAUCUGAACCUAGGGAUGGACGCGCAGUUCGGCAAGAUGAGCGACGGCGGCGGCGACGGCGAUGACGGCGGGAGCAGAGGGCAAGGAGGCCCGUCUUCUUUGUUCUCCCCGCAUGGCUACCAUUGAGAAGCCGGAGCGAGCGGCGGCUGCUCUACUGGUGAUCUCCUUGUAAGCUUAGAACUAAUUACUACAUGUUAUUCAUAUCCACAUUACAGGAGAUGAUGAGAAUGGUGAGACAAUCCUUUUGCCCUAUCAUCCUCUGACUCUUGGUAGAGAUCGAUCUGUUAUUAUAUAUUAGAGAGGGACCGUGCAUGCAAAUGACGCAUCACAAGAGGAGUAUCUAUCUUUUAAUUUGGUGGCCGGGCUAAUCUUUUGGUGUCUAGCUUGUAGUUCUACUGCAUUGGUGAUCUGAGGGGUGUUGUUGUUUUGGAAAUUUAAGAGGUCAGAGGUGUACGUCAAGAGGUAAAACGGUUUUUGUUUGUUGGUGGCCGGUCAUGUGCAUUGGUAAUGCGUAGAGACAGGCAAGAAAGCUAGAACUUGACCUUACA